GCGGAGGUUUUUCCUAACACUUUUAAACACUUACUAACACUCCAAAUUUUUCUAAAAAAUCUCCCAAACAAGUGUUAGAACCAACCCUCCUCAACACUUCCAUUACUAAUCCUUCCAACCGUUAAUCCAAACAACAUUUAAUCCAAACAUGCCAUUAGGCAAUUUCCCUGCGUUUUUGUCGUGGGAGUCCUAGAUAACCGUUUUCAUGUUUCCACAUCAAGAUGGAAAUGACAAGGCUUGAAGUCCCAAAUAUGCACGCAUGCGGAUUUCACAAAGCUCUUCGCGGUUCUCUACACAAUUUCCCCCUUUCUUGGUAUUGGGUCUAGCUCUCAACACAGUGCGUUUCAUUGCACAAUAUUCGACAAGGCAUAGCAUCAAGCCUACCAGAAGCAUGGCUUCGCCAGGGGGCAACAGCAAUGGUGGCGGAGCUGCAACAGAACAGAGAGUGAAGUAUCCCUCUUCAACAUCAAACCCUAAAGUCGAUAGAUUUCACGAGAUUGUUCACGCUGAUCCCACCGAUGGCUGGGAGAAGUGCUGGGAAGAGAGACUAACACCGUGGGAUUUGGGACAGCCUACUCCAGUUCUUGUUCAUCUCCACAGGG